GUGCAGAGCCCUCUGAAUCUGCAGAGCUUGAGAGGAAAUUAAGAUGUGGAAGAGGACAAAGGUGGCGGAUGAAACUGCCGCAGGGCAGGCAGGCAUCAAGAAGAAGUCGAAAGUGCCCGGUGUCAUGAUAACACAGUUUGUGGAGGAGCUUCCAGAAGGAAAGACAACUCCAGAUUUCGUCAGAAAACCCAUUGCUCUUACCAUUCAAGAGGGUAAAUAUGCAAUCUUUAAAGCCAUUGUGGAGGGCGACCCCGCUCCUACUGUGGUAUGGAGCAGAGCAAACGGUGAAAUACUUUUUCACCCUGCGUUGUGUGAGCAAAAGUAUGAUGAGGCAUCUCAUGAGUAUACCCUUGAGUUUCCGAAGGUGUGUCCAGACGAUGCUGACACCUACAAGUGCUUUGCAACAAAUGAAUAUGGGAAAGCCAUUUGUACAGCUGUACUGAAUGUUAUUGAGGUUGGAUUUUCCAAGACAAAGGAAUUUCAAAAGAGUCAAGUAGAAGAUGCAUCAGAAAUCAGAAAAAAACUUAAAAAACGUAAUCCAGAUGGAACACGUGAGCAAAAGCGAAUGGAAACUGAUGAAAAGGUGUGGGAAAUCCUGCUGAGUGCCGAUAAGAAAGACUAUGAGAGGAUCUGUGCCGAAUAUGGGAUCACAGACUUCCGUGGUAUGCUGAAGAAACUUAAUGAGAUGAAAAAAGAGCGAGAGGAGGAGAUUGCGCAGUUUAUCUCACAUAUCCGCACGCUGAAACCUAUCGAGGUGAAAGAUGACGAUUGUGCAACCAUUGAGUUGGACAUUGAUCUUAAAGAUCCAGCCAGCAAAAUCUAUCUGUACAAGGAUGGUGUCAUGGUUCAAUUGUCCAAAGAAGAGAGCGAUGGAAUGAAGCACAAUUUGAAACAAGUUGGAAAAAAAUACAUUUUCACGAUUAAGAAACUGGGAAAGGAUGAUGCUGGACUCUACUCAGUGGAUGUUGAGGGAGUCAAUGUAUUUUCCACAGAUUUUAAAGUGCCCGAGGUGGACUUUGCUGUAAAAAUAAAAGAGGUGAAAGCAGAGGAACGAGAGGAUGCCCUCUUUACAUGUGUCUUAACUGGACCAAUGAGUGAGGUCAAAUGGUAUGGCAAAAAUGCUUUGCUGUCAAAUGGUGAGAAACAUGAGAUAAGUGUGUCCGAGGAUAACCUCAUCCACAAGUUGAUUGUGCGGGAUUGUAUGCCUUUGGACGCUGGUAUCUAUGCUGCUGUGGCAGGAAUCAAAUCAUGCAAUGCCUGGCUUGUGGUUGAAGCUGACAAGGAUCCAGACAAAAAGUCUAAGAAGGCCGUUCGGAAAACUACCAUGGCUGGAACCGUCAACGACGAAGAGCUUCUGAAAAUAGCUAAGGAGCAGCAGGAAAAAUAUCAAAAAGAGAUGGAAGAAAAAAUGGAAAUUGCAAAGAAAGCUCAGGCGGAGAGAGAAACGGCUGAGGCGGCCGCUCGACUGGAGGAGCAGGCGGCUAAAAAGGCCGAGGCCGAGGCCAAAGCUGCGGCUAAAGCCCGAGCCAAGGCCAGCGCCAAGGCCAAGAAGGACGCCGCCGGCAAGGACGGGGACGAAAAGAAGACUAGGAAAAAAACGGCUGGUGCCGGAGGUGUUGGUGAUGGCACUGCAGGCUCAGCGGCUGGUGCUGGUGGAGCUGGUGGUGCUGGUGGGGCAGGCACAGGCGCUGGAGUGGAGCUGGAGGAGCUGGUGGAGGAGCUGGAGGUGCAGGUGGAGCUGGAGGUGUCGGUGGAGCUGGAGGUGUCGGUGGAGCUGGAGGUGUCGGUGGAGGAGCUGGUGGAGUUGGAGGCGUCGGUGGUGCUGGUGGAGGAGCUGGAGGAGCUGGUGGAGUUGGAGGAGCUGGUGGAGCUGGAGGAGUUGGAGGCGGAGCCUUGGGAGAAGAUUUUGAGGACGACAGCGAAUACGACGAUUCAUUUGAGGAUUCCGAUGAAGAACUCGAGGGAGGAGGAGAAGGAAAAGGAGGAGGAGAGGGUAAAGCAGGAGGGAAAGGAGGUGCCAAGAGAGGAGAAGGAGGGGAGGGAGCAGAGGGAGGGGAGGCAGAGGAAGGAGAAGAUGGAGAAAAAGGAGGAAAACGCAAGAAACGAGUUAGAGCUGGUCCACUGGUUCCAGAUACAGUCGUAG